AUGUCUCCGGCCGCUGCCUUCCACGCGCAGCUCGCCUCCAUCAUGGAGGUUUUGGCCAACACGGCGGUGGCGGAGAUCUGCGAGCUCGUGGACAGCGGCUACUCGGUGCUGCAGAGAAAACUGCGGCUCAUGGAGCUCCGGGCGGCCCGGGCGACCGCGCUGCGAGCCGCGGCCACCGCGGGCGGCACCGCGCUGCUGCUCGCGGGCGGCCGCGCGCGAGCUCAGCUGCCCGCUCAUCACCCGGGCAACGGGCCAAGGAGGAGCGGAACACCUGGAGCUGAGCCGACGCGGUCCACAGCGUCCAACCAGGAGACUCUGCGGUGCAGAGACCCCGAUCCGUCCUCGGACUCUGGACAGGACACCACACAGGGGACGCCGUCUGCAGGCGACUCGACCGAACUGACGACCGCAGUGAUCAAAGUGGAGGAGGACGACGACGAGUCCUGGUCCCAGCCUGAGCCGGACAAGGUGUUUUGUCACGUUGUCGAUGGCCCGACCACGGAGACAGAAGCCCCGCCCCCGCUGACCAAACAGGAAGCAGCAGACGACAGCGGGGGUUCGUCUCAGUCGUGGGCGAGCGGAGAAGUCAGCUCCACCUCCACGUCCGUCCAAAAAACGCUCAGCGGCCAGCGGCCCGACGCCGGCAGUUACGAGUGUCUGAUAUACGAGCCGCAGCUCCAGCACGCCGCCCUCACGUCCCAGAAUGCUUUGAGUGAGGAUCCCGGCUGCUCGUACGUGUUGAACACCAGCGUGAGCGCGUCGGCCGACUCGGGCGGCGGCAGCUUCCCUUUCAGCAUCUCGGAGGCAGCCGAGCGCCAGCAGCCCGCAGGCUUCCAGAGCGGCCAGCAGAGGGCGCCGCCGCCCGCAGACGAGCCUGCGAGGAAAGAGGUGACGGAGAGAGUGGGCGCGUUCGUCCGGCGGGACCGGUGGCGACCUCAGGACGGCGUCAGCAGGGCGUCCGGCCACAGCCGGGAGGACGGCGGGGGGAAGGCGUUUGUCUGUAACUGCUGCGGGAAAACUCUGGCCUGCCUCAAGAACCUCAAGACCCACAUGAGGGUCCACACGGGCGAGAAGCCGUUCGUCUGCGCGCUCUGCGGCAAACGCUUCUCCGACUCCAGCAACCUGAAACGCCACCAGAGCGUCCACACCGGAGAGAAGCGCUACGGCUGCGUCCACUGCGGGAAACGCUUCGCCCAGUCCGGGUCCCUGAAGGUCCACAUGACCGUCCACACGGACUGCAAACAGUUCAGGUGUUCGUACUGCGGCAAGACCUUCAUCUCCGGCAGCCACCUGCGCCGCCACGUCACCGUGCACGCCGGGGAGAAACGCUUUGCCCCCACGUUUCAGUGACAGAGAGGAUCAUGGGAGGUUAAAUCUUUCAGUAGCCGCAAGAAAAACACCGCCUCAUGUUUUAGGCAUCAAAGUGAUUUUAACCCUUUAAAACCUGGACUCACUUUUCUUGUGCUGCGUUCAGACGCCUGAACAAGGAUUUAAAACUUCAGAUCCUGCGCAGUUUUUUCUUCUUUUUUUUUUUUUUUGCUUCACCGACUUGGCAAAAAAUGUUCCGCAAAUUUCAAAUAAAA